AUGAACCUGCUCGCCAUCAUCCAAUGCGUCGUGCCUCGCCCCAAUGGAGUCCAACACCUUUUUAUUCGGAACGAGGGGCACUCGAGGCAAUCGACGUUCGGCCAACUCGUGUCCCCUCAACGCUAUGGCGAACGGCCCCCGCACGAGCGAGUGGCACAGGAUGAUGCGUCCAGCUCCACGAGCGAGUGGUCCGACUCCUCCGAUCUCGGCACGAGUACCCCGACACCGGCCAAGAUCAUGCAGAGCGGAUUUCCGUCUCUUUCGGAGGCGGUCGCUUCUUCGUCGCCCACGACGGAGAUUCCCCGCUUCCCCGUCAUCCCUCUGCCACCAACGCCCAUGCGCAGCCGCUCCUACACCAAGCUGACCAACCUCGCCUAUGACCCGAUUCAGCGCCCCUCAAGCGCUGACCCCACCCCCGGAUCGUUUGCCAAACGGCCCCUUCUCCGCCCAGAUCGUGCGCCCAAGGGCGUGCACCGCAACUUCUUGGAGUUCGCUCUCGGCCAGAGACGGUUCACGGCGAGGAAGCGGCUCUACUUCUUCGUUUGGGACAAGAAGUGGCGCGAGAGGGUGGCCACUUACCUCAACCGCGACCUUCCCCCUUACAUCGCGGUUCCUGUUCCGGUCGGCCUCCUCACCUUCCGGCCCACUCUCAAGGGCAAGGAGGUGUUUUUUCGCGUGUAUGACCCCACGGUGUCCGAGAUCGGCGAGUCUGACCUUGACGGUGAGUAUGUCCGGAUGCGAAUCGCCACCAAGCCCGGAUGCACGGCUGCUCGACCGCCUCGCGUCCGACUCCCAGCGAUCUCGUCCGUCACAAACUCGCCUUCCUCAGCCAACUCUCAGUUUGGCUACGAGAACAGCGAGGAUGCCGGUCCAUCAUGGUCGUCGCCACCUCGGCUCUCACGUCACAAGCCGGCCGCGAUCGCCGUGCCUCCCCGGAUCGACAUCGAGGCGCUUCCCUUGUCUCGCUUGGGCGGCCUGUGCCCAUCGUUCCUGAACCUAGUCGGAACCAUGAACGAUAUCGUCAAGCCGGUGAACCUGGAGGGGCCGCUCGACCCCGUGCACCAAGAAGGAUGGAGCUGGGGUAUCGCAGCAUCUCGGCGCACCCGCUUCGCUUUUCGCUACGAGAGCGACUCUGUUUCCAGGCCGUUUGGUUCUUCCUCUACGGUCCGACGGUUCUGGAAGCAGGAGAGUCUGCCUUACAUGCAGUUUCGCCUGAAAGUGGCGGCUAUGCCAGGCCGUGUGCGGGAGUAUGACGAGGCCUUCGUCACCGACUAUGUGCCGGCUUUCGCGCAUCUCCUCUCCUGUCGUCGCCUCUGUCUUUUGUCGCCUACUAAAUCACCUUCAGCUCUUCUCUUCCCCAACAAUCCCCAUCCUUCUCAACUUGCACCGACCUUCAUAGGUCCCCCACCUUCUCUUCUGGUAUCUUGCUCUUUACGCUCUCAUUUCUUGGUUUCACGCCUAUCCUCUCGUCUCAUCAGCUGUUCCUCCGUCGCCCACGUCUCGUUCCCUCACGUCUCGUUGACACUGCUCAUCGCCUCUUCACCCUUCCCUCGGCUAUAUCAUGGGAGGCCUGAAGUCGCACUCCGGCGAGCCCCUUUCGCCGAGCUCCAAGGCUCAGCUGGCAGUGAAGCGAGCGGAAAGACGAAAGCGCCACCGCGACGAGCCGCCACCCUUGGAGGCGUCGCCGUCGCCCCGAUCGGAGACAUGUGGCCUGCUGACACAGAAAGCGACAUCUCGCGCUGUUUCGUCUGGGGAACACCGAGCAUUCUGCCGCCGCCCAAGUCUAUAUUCGGUCCCAACCCCGUCGCCGCAGGACAACCGGCCUCCUCCAGCCCCGGGUCAAGCGAGGCUGGAGGAGAUGCGGCGUCAGGCACCAGCGCGGACCGUGACGGCGCCAUCCAGUCCAGCACUCGCCGUGCUCCGGAUGGUGGCCCGAUUGUCGGCCCGAGGCCAACAACUCCUCCCGCACGGCCUACCAAGCGUGCGCGACCGGCCCCGAAGGGCGUUUGGGCCGUGCCCGACCCGACGGAAGACGACUCGACCGAGGUGGCGGCCGUUCCCAUUCCAACCGAGUCGGUGCGCUCCAUCCUGACCGACCUCGUCAAAGGCGAGCGUUUCUUCAACUCCGCGCAGUGCUUCAUAGCGAGCAACGAGUCGCUCAUGCGGAUCGUCGAGAUUCGUCGCGGUUCCGGCAAACUCGAGCGGAUUAUUCUGCCCUGCCCUAAGCAUCUCCUCUCCCCACAUCAGCUUCCUCGCCACACAAGCGUGGUAGCACGGCUUCGCCUACUGUCCGUGCCAGAGGCCGAGUUCAGGCCCGAGACCCUGUUUGUGAUGGUAGUUGUCACCACUGGAGACUUCACCUUUGGCCGAGGCUCCCUAGAGGGUGUCGCAGUAUCUCAUUGGGACGAUUUCGUGCGGUUGCUCCAAGUGUUGAAGGAGGACGCAAAAGCGACAGAAGGCGAAGGCAGCUGCGGAGACGACGUGACGAGAGGGUCUUUUCUGGGACUGCAGCAUGUUGUAAAAGCCGUUUGGAUGCUAUAG